UUGAAAUGUAAGUGCAGUACCAUAGAUCGUUGAUGGAGACUCCCUAGAGUUAGCGCCUUAGCAUAAAAUGGGAGCAAAUAGUCAGUGAGUCGUUGCUAUAGCGUAUUUGCGUGAUAUACGUCAUGUUCUCCUUCACUCUCCUGAUCUCUUCGUUCAUUGCCUUGGGCAGCGUGGAAAUCCCUGAACAGUAAGAAGAGCUACGGCUUCUUGAUUGAACUCGAAGUGAUUGUUCGAUUAGGUUUUAUAACGAGAGCAUGGGCAAGGGCCAGGAUAUUAGUGAGGGAAUCAUUUCAAAUGGUUAAUUUGCGAUCCUGUAGUUAUUACUAUAUACUCAUGUCAGAUAUGGAUGGACUAGUAGGGAACACAAAUCUGCCAUACUACGGCAAACCCACAGGUUGCACUUGCUCCGGAGAAAAAUUUGUCGGGAGCUGUGAGUGCCCGAACAACCAGGACCUAUUCGCCCUUACCGGCGGUUAUAGUACUUGCUACGCGAUCUGCGCUAAGCCAUGCGCACAAGCCUCGGAUUGUCCUCCGGCUCCUAAGAGUGCCAGUGUCCAUAUCAAGUGCGUCUUGGGUCGCUGCCUUCUUGACUGUUCAGGCUACGACGGUAUUUGCGCAAAGGAGGACGGCUCCGUUUGUUUCAGAUACCGUAUGGGACCGGCAAAGGGAACCAUGUGUUCAUGGUCCUUUUGAGAACUCAUGAACGAACAGUCCGACUCGGACUCUCUAUUGCGGAUCUUCCACAAUUCUCUACUAACCGAUUACUCAAGAUACGCAGUGACUAUCUUUUUGAACGCUAAUUGAGAGUUACGAUGGUUUAUUCUUUUCAUUCGAUCAGUAUGGUUAUCCAAUUUCAAGAGUUAGGGAUAAGAGUUAUCACGAAGAUUAUUUGGCUUAGGGAACCAUGUGUCUAUGGUCCUUUUGAGAACUCAUGAUCGGACAGUCCCAUUCGGACUCUCUAUUGCGGAUCUUCCACAAUUACCUACCAACCGAUUACUCAAGAUACGCAGUCAGUAUUUUUUUGAACACUAAUUGAGAGUUACGAUGGUUUUCCUUUUCAUUCGAUCAAUAUCUUCAUUCAAUUUCAAGAGGUAGACAUAAAAAUUAUUACAAAGGCUAUUUGACUUAGUAAACUUU